AUGGCUGACCAGCUGCUGAGAGCCCUGGGCUCCCUUGUCGCUUUCAGCUAUGGCCUCUUCAACCUGCUCCUCUAUACUGCUACAGCUCUGAAAGAUGGCACGUUCUUCAAGAGGCCUACAGAAAAGGAGGACCUGGAAUUACGAUUAGCUAGAGAUCGCUUCUGGAAUUUAUCCAAGCAGUGGUCUGGCUGUUUCAGUCACCAGUUCCUGACGCUGCGCGACGGAUUUAAAUUCCACUACGUCACCAACGAUGUUCCCAGCAGCCGGACGACGACCUCUCGUCCCGACCGACCGCUCGUCAUCUUCCUCCAUGGCUUCCCCGAUAGCUGGGCGUUAUGGCGCCACAUCUUCAGCUCCACUUGCAUUCGCGAAUCGAGCUCGUUAGUUGCGGUCGAUUUACCGGGAUACGGUGGGAGCGACCGGUUGGAGAAAUACACAGCUACGGACGUGCUGGAGAAAUUGACCGAGUUUAUCGUCGCCGUGAGGGAGCGGUAUGAGAUUGACAGUCAGACGAAUGGAAAAGCUACGGGAAGAGUCAUUAUUGUUGGCCAUGACUGGGGCUGCGUGCUGGCUAUGCGCCUCGCGGCUGACGCUCCUCAACUGGCGGACAGGUUUAUCCUUUGCAACGGACCUCUCGCCGGGCUAGUUUCUGCGAACAUCAGGAGGCUGGUGUCCUCCUCUGUAAAAAUGUUCAAGAUCUUUUUGCGUGCUCCGCUGCAAUCUCCGUCAAUGCUUUCGAAAGCCUUCAAUACUCUCAAGCCUGUGCUUCGGCAGCUGGUCCUGUCGGGCUAUAUCUUCGUUAUGCAACUGCCACUGCCCUUGGUCCGCUAUCUUGGCUCAGGUGGGAAUUACUCGUUCCUGAAGGGUGCCCAUAAGAUUGCGCACGGUGAAGGGGGAGAUUACACCGUGUUGGAUGCUGCGGAAUCCAUGGCGAGCACUCUAGGACCGUCUGCGGAGGAAUGUAAAACGGAGAACAGUGAUCAUGAACGGUAUCCCGAAAGCGUCAUAAAACAGCGAAGUUCAGGGAACUUUGUCAACAUGGCCAGCUACUAUAGACAUGGAACAGCCGUUACGCCUUGGUCAAAAUCGGUCGAAACGAUUGCGACUCUCCACAGUCUCGGUCGCGGUAGUGAACUGCGACGAUCGAGCAGUCGUGCCGGCGUGUUUGACGACGGACCAAAGGGGUCGCUCAAGGCGAAUGCGACCAUAAUCUGGGCCUCGAAAGAUACCGCGCUGGAGCGACAAUUGUGCUUGGACGGCAUUGGCGAUUACCUCGUUCAUAACAGCCAGGUGAUUACACUGCCACGCUCUGGACAUUGCACGCCUAUAGAGCAAGAGAGCCGGGUAGCGUUGCAGAAGGUGAUCGAGUGGGCUGUCGGAGGGGAGAAGGAAGACAUCGGGUCGGUUAUAGAGGCAAGCUACGCCGGAGCGGCGGUGACCCUUCGAACCUAG